AAUAACAUGUUGUCAGUGUCUGUAAAUAGAAUUUCUAUACGUUACCUGACGGUUGUGCAAUGUCAACGGUAUAAAUAAGUUGCAAUGAGUAAGCCAACGCCAUUUGCAUUAGCCGGCUUCUCCGGUUGGAAGCCGCUCAACAGAAGACAGAUGGCAUGGCGUCUCUUUUACUAACUUCCCGAUCGGUCGAGGAUAUCUCAUUUUCAGACACCGUGAUGUCAGGAGACGGCAAAGUCUGUCCAUCGCCUAUGUCCACUUUUGGAAGCGAUUUCAAUGACAAUUUAUUUUUACAAGCGUCGAAUGCUCAUAAUUUUGAAAGGACAGACUACAAGGAGUUUCCUUCAGAAACAACAAACAAUCAGCAACGACUAACAGAACCGGAGCACGUGGAAAUGAUAAACAACAAGGAUGAUGAGGAUGAUAAUGUAGAGGAAGAUGAUCAAACUGAAGAUGCAGAUGAUGAUACGGGAACAAUCUUAAACAUUGCUAUUUUUGCAACAAAUGUGAGGAAAUCUGACAUUCAAAGCGAAAUGGAUAAAUACUGCAUAAAAGUUAAAUCAAAAGUAAACAUUCAAAAGCAUAGAAAGAAUGGUGUUAAAAAUGCUAAGAAGGAAAAAAGGAGAAAUAUUUCAGCAGAAUUUUCUUUUUUAAAUGUUUCCCUUUUCCCCCGACCAUGUCAUAAUCCUACAGACACCAGUGAUAGAGCCUUAGAACAAUACCAUGCAGCAGAACAAAGUCUAGAUGACUUUGAAGAUUUAGUUGCACCCUAUAAUAAAGAAUUAGAAAUGGAGGGAAAAUGCGCAAAACUUGCUAAAUAUACACAUUGUGAUAGAGACAGGAAAAUUAAAAAAGCUCACAUUCAAGUAAAGGACAAGUAUUGUACAAGUGUGAGAAACAAUCAUGGACGCAAACGUUUUUACAUUCAUCAUCGAGUUUUUAAACUCAUGCAUCUGGAGCUGCAGAGAUAUUCCUACAUGCCCAGUCGAAGGAGAGGAAGACUAGGUAUCAAGUGUGAGGAGAUGACAGAAAUAAGACGUGCUGCCAAUACUGCAGUCCGUCCAGUAAACAACAGACCUCAGCACAGGUCACCGGCACAAAACUUGGCCUAUGCCAUUGACAAUAACAAUGCUGCCCAGGACCUCGACAAUGCACUUGUGAAUCUCCUCAUCACUCUUCAACAAAGGGACAUCACACCAGAGGACUAUGAGACACUUCUCCAACUUGAUGAGAGUGUAGCACCAAAAACAUUAGAGCAAAACGUUCUGGAAUCCUUCAGGACUGACACCGUUAAUGAGAGCUGUGUCAAUGACACCUGUGCUAUCUGUAUGGAACAGUAUACCCUGGGACAACCCAGGAAAUUCCUCCCCUGUAAUCAUGUCUUUCACACAAACUGCAUUGAUAUGUGGCUGAACAAUUCCUCUCUGAAUUGUCCAAUAGAUAAUUUACCAGUGGAUGGGUCAAACAGCUGACCCUUAUUAUAAGUUUUUGCUUUGGUUGGUUUGAGCAGAACCGAUAUAACUAUUUAAAAUAUGGAAGCAAUAAAAACCUGAAAAUCCA